GGAGUUGGUCGCGGACUUUUGGCGGGAACGGACGUGCCUCGCGAGCUCCUGCGAUAUUUGCUCUUCUCUUGCUGAUCCCUAUACUCAAGCAUCUCAAAUCCUAAACUAAAUAUCGACAAGAAAAUUAACAUUUAGGGUUUAGCUUAAAGCUAAGGUUUUUCUUCAAGAAAAAGUAAAAGAAACCGAAGACCAAGGCACCUCCCCACUAGGGGGCGGCAGUUGUCUGCCAGAUGCCGACACUUCGUUCACCGGAACGCCCACUGACGCGUAAAAACACCAGAAAUGAAUCGUCAGCGUCGCCGGUGCGAAUGUCACAGGAAAGUGAGACUCGGGGUGGAUCGAGGUCAAAUUCGGCGAGAACUGGUGCCGGUGUCGAAAAUACUACGGAACCAUGUGCAGACAAAGAGCUCUCGCCAUGGCAUCUGUGAAGAAAGUUCUGGUGUACGGCGGCAAGGGAGCCCUCGGAUCCACCUGCGUUAAGGCGUUCAAGGCCAAGAGCUGGUGGGUGGGCAGCGUGGACCUGGCGCCCAACGAGGAGGCCGACGUGAACGUGCUGGUGCGCCCGGCCGACUCGUGGGAGGAGCAGCUGGCCGCCGUUCUCGAAGGCGUCGAGGGCGCGCUGGCCGGAGAGAAGCUGGACGCCAUCUUCUGCGUGGCCGGCGGCUGGGCCGGCGGCAGCGCUAAGGCCAAGGCCAUGGUCAAGAACUGCGACCUGAUGUGGAAGCAGAGCGUCUGGAGCUCGGCCAUCUCUGCGCACCUGGCGUCGCGCGUGCUGCGGGAGGGCGGCCUGCUGCAGCUGACCGGCGCGCAGCCGGCCCUGGGCCCCACGCCAGGUAUGAUGGGCUACGGCAUGGCCAAGGCAGCGGUACACCAGCUGGUGCGCUCGCUGGGCGCCGAGGAGAGCGGCCUGCCGCCGCAAGUCACCGCGCUGGCCAUCCUGCCCGUCACUCUGGACACGCCCAUGAACCGCAAGUUCAUGCCGGACGCCGACCACACCACCUGGACUCCGAUGGAGUAUGUGGCCGGGCUGUUCGGGAAGUGGGCCGAGGGCGACGAGCGGCCCAAGACCGGCAGUCUGGUGCAGCUCAUUACCAAGGAUAGCAAGACCGAGCUGGUCAACGCCGACUGAGCCGGCUCCGGACGGCUGCGGACGGCGGCGCGGUCCGGCGGGGAGCGUCCCGUGCUGCCGGCAGGAUAACCCCCUCCCCCCUCCCCUCUGUGGUGUGGUCUCUACCCUCGCGACUUUUGGGAGCUGUGGUCUGUCUUACUCUGAUUUUUCGGUUUGGUGAUUUUUGGUGCAGCGGCUGAAGCAGAGCAUUCCGAUGGUGCGCUGUGGGUUCGAAGGUUGUGAGUCGGGCAGCUAUCCGUGCCAGUAUGUCGUCGGUCAGUACGGAACGGCAGCCCGCCACGCGGCUGCUCAGCAGCGCCCCUGGUUUGCCAUAGACGGCGUCUCGCCUCAGCGUCCAUAGCACAAUUCUCUGGGUUCUCGGUCUAUCGAAACCUCCCUAACAAUUUAGCUACAAAGUACGCACCACCAGUCGCUUCACUCGCGCACCACUGUCAAACCCGGCCAGAUUUGAGUAUUCGGAAUAUUUUGAGUUGAGGUGGUUGUUUAUUCGAUUGUAAUGAAUUCAGCUCGUCUCCGAAGUCAGAGCGUUAUGUGCAAUAUUCGUGCUGAGUAUGUAUCCGCCUAACUGGGGUGUUCUGUGUCGUGGGACCGCCGCCUGGCCGGUGUUUCGGUGUUGUGGCCCUGCCGAUUGUUUGCACUGCCGCCGGUUACCUGGGUUUGAGGAGGUGAGCGACACAUUUAUUUAGACCUCGAUAGUGUGCCGGACGCGCCGGUGAUCUGUACGGGCUCCGGCGGCCGGCCCCCGAAAUUCACCGUCUACAAAAGUGUGCCAAAUAGCACGUGCACGGCCAAAUCUAUCGCUGUACGAAGCUCCUGGUGGAGGUUUUGUUUUCCCGCUCGCUGCCCAGGUGGCAGUGCCCACGAAUACUCAUGGUCUUGCCAGUCUCGUGCCAAUGUGCGUGUGCGUGUCUGUGUGUGCCUUCUCGAGGGACCAAGAAUGUCGGAGGCGUGAAACUGAGAUACCAGUCUUGUAUAGGACUAGCACUAACCAAUCUAUGUAAUUUUUGUGGUAUUAGAUUCGGGUACUGUUUGAUCGUGCAUGUUGUAAUUUGCUACUCAUUUGUUUUAUGAGGAAAUAAAUGUUGGUGCAAUCAA